GGGAAGACAUGGGGUCAGCACCUCGACGUCCUGACUGCCCAACCGCCAGGGGCAGGGAGCGAGGGCCUGUCCCCGAAAGUGGAGUCCCCAGUGGGGGCGCCCGGUUGACCCCCCAGGACCGAACGUGACUUCCGCUUUCUGGAUCUAAACGCAGCCGCGGCAGAGUCAGGUGGCCUCUACCUCUCAGGGUACACUCUCGCCGCUGUCUGCCCGCGGGGACUCCUUGGAUGAGGGUUUGACAACCAGGCGCCGGUUCCUGGCCCUGAGCGGCCUCUGUGCACUUUGGAACCAAUUAUGGUCCCAGCAGGAGGGAACUGGACAGCUCUUUGUGCCAGUCACUUAACUCGGGGCCGCCGCUUUCUAAUUUGCAAAGUGGUGGAGCGGGACUCGAACUCCUAAGGUACCUAAGCUCCAGUCAUGUAACUCUAACUGGCUGAACCCCUCAGUUUACAGGCUUCAGUCCAGGCCCUGAAUGGCUGGUCUCCAGUUGGCACCACAUCUGCCUGUGGGCGUUAUGCUCCCAUAUAAUAAAACGGAAGCUUCAGGGCUCCACUCAACCAAGCAAGACCUUUAUGAACAAAGUGACUCUUCCCAGCGGUCCUCAGUGGGGCACCAGAGAGACAAUAUUCAGCGGAAGCUUUGGAGCAACAAAGAGCUGGUGCUGGAUAGUCUCUACACUCACCCCAAAUGGAACACGCUCACAAAAGCCGGGAGUUACUCUUAUCCCCGCUGUGCUGGAAUCAGCCAGCAAGAUUCAGGAACCAAUUCCCAGGGCCAAGGAAAGGAUUUGUUUUACUCCUCAGACCCUCAAUCCUGGCAUCCCAAAGCAAAUAACCAAGACACCAUCCCCUUUACAAAGAAGCGAGUUGGGGUAGACCGGGCAUACCCACUGAAACCUGUGGUCUACCGGAAGUCUCAUAGUACAGGUGAGACUGGUGCUGAUGAGGAUCAGAAUGUCUCUUCAAGGCCCCCUGAGCCAGGAGACUUUUCAUACAGCAGCUUUGGUUCAAGGAACCAAGUGAAUUCAUCUGUGGUUGGUCCUGUUCUUGUUGCCAUGCAGGGGCAGAGGGUCAGGGCAAAGCUUGACAGGACUGAGCGGAUGCAGAUCCAAAGACUAGAAGCUGCAGGGGAGAGCUUAGAGGGGGAAAUCCGAAGAAAGGAGACCCUCCUGAGGGAAAAGCUGAAGAAGACGGAGAAGGAACUCAGACGAAUCCAGAAGGAAAAGGAACAGGCCGAGGGAAAUGAAAAAAGAGAGCUACAGAGAAUGACACUCUCCAGGAGGAGAGGUAAAGAUAAUACUAGCAACACCACGUGCAAACCUGUCUUCUCUCCUGAACUCAGGCCUGAAGAGGUGUUCAGCAGAGACAGGAGAGAGAGUGAAACUCGGGGACAGUCGAAAGAAAAUUCUAGUCCAUUCCAGUUCCCUGAUUAUGGGAUACAGAGGCUCAAAAGGGAAAGACUGAUGGCAAGCAAUAACAAAAUCCAAGACCAAGUCUCAGGGCCAUCAACAGAGAAAUUUUCUCAGCCUUCAGAAGCACCAGGCAAUGCUUUGUGGAGAUCCACCAGCAAUUCCAGCCUGUUCAGGGGACCAGACUCCUCAGGCUACAGCUGUUCCUCUGAAGAGCCCAAACUUGGCGAGUGCAGCCACUGUGGACGCAAGUUUCUCUUGCUCAGGCUGGAGAGACACUCCAACGUUUGCAGCAGGAUGCAGGGUUCCAAGAGGAAAGUGUUUGAUUCCUCCAAGGCCCGGGCUAAGGGCACAGAACUAGAGCAGUACCUGAACUGGAAGGGACCAGCCUCAGUCAAGGCAGAACCUCCUCGGAAGAGCAACUGGAGACAGAAGCACGAGUCUUUUAUCCGUACCCUCCGUCAGGCUCGAGAGGUCCAGCAGGUAAUUGCCAAAGGUGGAAACCCCUCAGACUUGCCCCCCAUCUUGCCUGCAGAAAAUCCAGACUAUAUUCAGUGUCCUCACUGUAGCCGCCACUUUGCGCCCCAAGUGGCUGAGCGACACAUCCCCAAAUGUAAGACCAUCAAGAACCGCCCUCCCCCUCCAAGGAAGCAUUACAGUUGA